AGUCAUAGUCUUUCAUGAGCAUAAGUUGUGCCUCAAAUCUUUUGUCACACCCUGCAUUUUAGCAGAGUCACUCUGGUUUCUAGUACUACAACAAUGCCAUCACUACUUUCUUCUUUCUUCCAUAUGGUUCCUCUAUUAUCUCUUCUUUUCUCAUUCGUUGUUCAUUGUACUAAUGCUGGUCCACCUUCACCAGGGUACUACCUUAGUUCCAAAAUCAGUCCUGUAAGCUUUGAUCAAGGAUUUAGAAACCUCUGGGGACCUCAGCAUCAGAAACUAGACCAGGGCUUGUUAACAAUCUGGCUUGAUUCUUCCUCAGGGAGUGGAUUCAAAUCACUUCACUCUUAUAGAUCUGGAUACUUUGGUGCUGCCAUAAAGCUUCACCCUGGUUAUACUGCAGGAGUCAUUACAUCUCUCUAUCUUUCAAACAACCAAGACUACCCAGGAAACCAUGAUGAAAUAGACAUUGAGUUCCUUGGUACCACACCAGAUAAGCCAUAUGUGUUGCAGACAAAUGUGUACAUCCGAGGAAGUGGAGAUGGGAAGAUUAUAGGAAGAGAGAUGAGGUUUCACCUUUGGUUCGACCCAACAAAAGAUUUUCACAACUAUGCCAUUCUAUGGAAACCCACUGAGAUCAUCUUUUUAGUUGAUGAUGUCCCUAUAAGGAGGUAUCCUAGGAAGAGUGAUGCUACAUUCCCUUCUAGACCAAUGUAUGUGUACGGAUCAAUAUGGGAUGCAUCUUCAUGGGCUACAGAGGAUGGAAAAUACAAGGCUGAUUAUAAAUACCAACCCUUCAUUGGCAGAUACAGAAACUUCAAACUCCAAGGUUGUAACACUCAAGCCUCCACCUCAUGUCAGCCACCAUCUAUCUCACCAUCUGGCUAUAGCAGCCUGAGCCCUCAGCAGUUUUCUGCAUUGCAAUGGGUUCAAAACAACUACUUGGUCUACAACUAUUGCCAUGAUCCUAGGAGAGACCAUACACAGAUUCCAGAAUGUUAAAAUUAGGUGUGAUUGGUUCAAGUUGGUGUGUUUCUAAGUCACAUUUCAUAUAUUACUAAAACAGGUUCAGAGGGUGGUUUUGAGAUUGGUUAUACCUGCUAGUGCUAAAUUUAAUUGCAAGAGCAGUAACAUCCAAGCCUCUCCCGACCAGUUUGGGAUGUCUUUAAUUGUGCUGUACCCCAAAAAAAGAUUUGGGAUGUUUUUUUUUUUCUGUAAUUGUGUUGGACUAUUAAUUCAGUCCUGUUUCUAUUGAAAUAAAUAUGUUUGGUGUGUUUGAGAAA